UGAGAGUUGCCGAUGAAAAUUUGGGUUUUUUCUUCUUUUUCUCUUCAUAGAAAGUUGAAUACCCCGGAUUGCGAAGAAAAAGCGGCUCAGCGCCACGACCUCGGUCAAUGGCGUCGGGUUGAAACAAACUGGGCAGACGAAGGCGGGUUUACCCUGCACGGCGCUUUUAAGAAUUGGUGACUCGAAUUACCGUUUACCAGUCCCGUUGAGUGUUCGACAUACCACGAUACUUUGAGGUCCUUUAUGAAAGAUGGCAUAGUGAAACAGCGAUCUUGAAUGUGUUGCAUGUGAAGAUGAUGUUCCAGAUCAGCUAUCAUCCUGCCAGACUCGGCGUGGUGUGGAGUUUUCUUCUGCAUUGACAUUUCCAGAUGUUGAGGCUGCUCACGGAGGAACAAAAAAAACCCGAAACGGCAUUUCAGCCAAGCCACAUCCAGGAUAUUGAUCAGGAUGUGGCAGGAUGCAUAUCCCGCGAGGUUACAGUGCAGCCACAGGAGCAUACAUAGCAUGAACCACCCACCUGAGCUAUCGGAUAAUGCCAUUGAAGGAUCCAUUGCCAGCUGUCCUAGCUCCAGCUGACAGUUCAGCAGCCAAGCUUGCAAGGUCUGUACCGAAGUCGAGUCGACUUCGGUUUCGAGCUCCGUCCAUGUCAAGUUAGUGGGUCAUGGGCUCAAUGUUGGGACGGGAUAAUCAUCGAUGUCAUUUCUCUGAACCCCCAGCAAAAUAGAAGCUCGACCAUUCAUCUCCCGCUGACUCCCACCCUCUGUCCGCAAACCAAACUCUCAUAUUGUAGAUCCCCAAAAGCCACUGUCUCUCUUUGAAAGCAGAAGCAAGGCACUGCUACUCCGAACUGACACUAAUCUGUCUGUCUGUCUCUCCUUAUCUAUUAGUACAUCUCGGAUACUGUAUCCCGCUGCUCGCUAAAGCAUGUUGGAGCCACAGCACAUGUAAGUCCUUGUCUCGUCAUGGUGACUGACCUCCACUAUUGCAUUGCUUGCUUCCGUUGUCCAACCCCCCCAAAAUCUAUUCCAUUGCCUCGUCAUCAAAUCAGCUUCGACAACUCACACCGUCUGUGUCCGUCUGUGGCUGCGAGACCAAUACCUACCAAUACCGAUACCGCUAUUUAUCCAAUCAUGAAUUGAUCAUUGCCUGAACUGGAGUAUUGGGCUUGGUUCUGUCACAUGCUUUUCUUUUUUACUGUUUCUGCUGUCUCUUUACUACUGUUUCUGCUCUCUAUUCAAGAUAGAUAUGUCUUGUACACCCUCUUGAACAGACCAACCCUUUCCCUUCUCUAUUUCCUGCCUGCCCACACCGACAGUCGAUAGAUACAAUGAGCUCCUCGACUGAUCGCUUCCGCAGGAAAAGGGUCGCCAUCGUCGGCAGCGGCUCUGCUGGAAUAGGUGCUCUGUGGGCCUUGAACAAGACGUAUCAUGAUGUCUACGUCUACGAAGCCUCCGACAGGUUUGGCGGUCAUACAAACACUGUUGAUUUCAAAAAGGGAAAGUUUUCGACAAAAGUCGACACAGGUUUCCAUGUUUUAAACGCCACCACCUACCGUGAGUCUUUGUCCCCUCUCAACGGUUAGUUAUGCUUGAAGCUCACCGAAGCUUCUGUCUCUCUCAGCCAACUUUACCAAGUUCUUGGAAAAGAUCAACGUCAAGACAACACCUACAGACCUAACAUUCAGUCUAUCACGAGAUCGCGGCGCUUUCGAAUGGUCAGGUUCCAGUCCGUUCUCAUUGUUUUGUCAACGAAGAAAUUUACUCUCACCGCGAAUGUGGCGAAUGCUUUUCGACAUCUUCCGUUUCAACCAAUUCGCAUUGGAUAUCUUGAGCGAUGACGAUGACGAUAUAGCGAGCAUUGAAGUUUUGAAUAAAGCGACAAACUGCACCUGCACAGACAUCACAAUUGGGCAAUACCUGGAGCUUGAAGGUUACUCAAAUGCCUUUAGAGAUGAUUAUCUGCUUCCUUUGGCGGCAUCAAUAUGGAGUACAAGUCCUGACAGAUGCUCACUUGAGUUCCCCGCAGCGACAUUCGUGCGCUUCCUUUGGAAUCAUCAUUUGCUAAACACAAUAAGAGCUCGGCCUCAAUGGUUGACAAUAGAGGGUGGUUCUAAAUCAUAUGUUGAUGCCGUCAUGAAGGGGUUCCCUCCCAAUCAUCUUUUUCUCAAGACACCAGUCAGGCAUGUUACGACUGAGAGCAACGGCCAAGUUAGGCUGCACCUGGAAAAUGGCUCAUCAGCUCUGUACGACCACGUCAUUCUCGCCACACAUGGUGAUGAGGCAUACGAUAUUAUCAAGUCAUCCGCCAGUGAGCAAGAGCGCUCCAUCAUGUCCAGCUUCAAGACUUCGCAGAAUGAAGUCGUUCUCCACUCCGAUCUCGAUAUGAUGCCUCGCCGUAAGAAGGCCUGGGCCAGCUGGAAUUAUCUUGCAGUGUCAUCACCAUCUUCGCGAAAGGGAAACAUCAACCAGGUUUCACUCACUUACAACAUGAAUAUCCUUCAGCACAUUCCUCGAAACACAUUCGGCGACGUCUUCGUUACUUUGAACCCGCUUCAAAGGCCAAAGCCUGCGCAAACGCAGGGACGUUAUUACUACUCACAACCUAUAUACACCUCAUCCGCUGUCAGAGCACAGAAGCUUCUAAAACAUAUCCAAAACACUCGCGGCAUUAGUUAUGCUGGCGCGUGGACCAAGUACGGCCUCCACGAGGAUGGUUUCAGCAGCGGGCUUGAGGUGGCCCAAGAACACUUGGGCGCGAAGCUCCCAUUCGAGUUUACCGAUUCAACAUACAGCCGAGGCAAGGUACCAAGUCCAAGCCUCAUUGAUCAUCUGCUACGCUUGAUCAUCUUGGUGAUUCAGGUCUUUGUGAUUCAGAUCCUUGAGCGACUGGUCGGGGGCAGUCCUUCUCCACGUCAACGGCUUGUGAAUGGUAACAGGGUGAGAUUUGCAAACGGAAAGCAUCGUUAAAAGUGAAAUUGUGCGUCUAUUUGGUAGGAGUUCUUUAAGAUUGGUAGUUUUCUAGUUUGCAGGCGUGCACUUGAAGUUAAGUUAUAUAGCAUACAGCGAUGAGAUUGCAUAAGCAGGUUUUACACCGCACAAUUAUUGAAUUCCAUACCAUUUCUUCUUUCAGACUCUUGAUCUGGAAAACAUCAUGGGA